UUUAAUAUGUCGCAGAAAACCAACACACGGUCGCUCACGAGAUUCCAAGGACGCGAAGUAAACACACCGCGGCGACUAUACAGAAAAUCUUACGAGUCGGCGUCGACGCGCUCGCUCGGAAGUGCGACGUGUAUACAAUAUUAUAAUGUUAUUGUAUUAUUAUCGUUUACGUGACGCGGAAAACAAAAAAAUAAUAUCGUUAUCUUCAACGAGCGCCGCGUCGAUGGCGGACCGCCGGUGCACCGACCCGUAGCAGCAGCAAGCACCGGCUGCGGCCGCACCGACGGUGACGGCGGACGAUGGCGCCGCGGCCGCCGUCGUGGAGGUACGAAAUCGUCAUGUUUCUCGCCGUCAGCACGUCGUUCAUGGUGCUGUUCGACGCGUUUUCCGCAGACCGCGACACCCGGCGGAGCGCGCCGAUGCGCCCCGGACCGUCACCGAUGCUCACCACCGAUGGCCGGCGGCGGCGUCCGUUGUUGGACCUGAACGGCUUCGAGUACCUCAUCGACAGCGGCACGUGCGACGGGCCCCGACGCCACACGCCCAUAGUGGUCCACAGCCACGUCGGCCACUUCGAGCGCCGCCGGGCCAUCCGCCAGUCCUAUCCGCGGACGGUGCUCGAUCGGCUCGGAUUCCGUUACGUGUUCAUGGUCGGCUUGCCGUCGUCGGGCGACCGCGACGGCGACCUGCAGGCCCGGCUGCUCCGGGAGUCGUCCCGGCACGGCGACGUGGUGCAGGGAAACUUCCGGGAAGCGUACAGGAACCUGACGUACAAGCACGCGAUGGCCCUGACGUGGUUCGCGAAACGGUGCCCGCGGUCCGACUACAUGGUUAAGAUGGACGACGACAUCGCGGUGAACGUGUUCAAGCUGAACGCCGUGCUGGGACGGGCCGGCAACCGCGAUCUGGCCGGGUGUGUGAUCGCCGCGAAACCCAUACGGGACAAGAGCAACAAGUGGUACGUGAGCCGCGCCGAGUUUGCGGGCGACGCGUACCCGCCGUUCCUGUCCGGUUGGCUGUACGCGGCCAGGGCGGCGUCCGUCCCGCGUCUGCUGCUGGCGAUCGACGAGCGCGAAAAAUACUUUUGGAUCGACGAUCUGUACGUGACGGGCAUACUCGCCGAACGCGCAGGACUCGCGUUCACCGACCUGAGACCAGACUUCGAGACCGACCCGGGACCGAUACACUGUUGCGUACACAAGCGACAGCGGUGCGACUUUCUGGCAGCACCCACCGGCGACGACGACACAUUGCUCCAGCGGUACGCUGAACAGCUUACAACUUGUAAGGCUACCAACUCUUCCUGUGACGUGUUUCGCAAGUCAAAACUCCAUCACAACUGUCUGGAUUUAUGGAAAAAGAAACAACCACUAGAUACGAGGAUGGGAAGACCGUCAAUCGAAAUAUUGAAUUAGGAUUAACAAAUAACAAUCUACAUAUUAUUGUAUACAUUUAUUGUAUGGAUUUAAUGAGCCGAUCAAGCAAAAAACUAUUAAUCGUAUAUUAUAAUUAAUAAUAUAUUGAAACAGUGGCGGAUCCAGAGUUAGGAAACUGUGGGUCAGAACAUUUAAAGGGCCACUUAUUAAAACCAGAUUAGAAACCUAUAUUUGUGGACUAGGUAUAUAAAACAAAAAAAAUUAAUUUGUACUGUAUGUGUACUGUUUGAGGGUCCAAUUAGUGUCCUACUACCCAAGAUCUUAAAAGAGGCCGAUUUGAUUAGCAAAUAUUAACUAUGGGUCAGCUGACCCCCCCCCCUAGAUCCGCUCCUGUAUUGAAAGCGAUUCACCAUUUUAUAAAUCAAAUAUUUCAUAUUAUUUUUCAUGUGAUAAUAUUUAAUAAUGUAUUUAUUACAGACAUUAAUAAUGUCUUUUUAUUCUACAUUUAUGGUAGAAAUAAAUUAAGUUCCUUUUUUGUUCAUUUUGGUGUUUAUUUUAUUUUUAUAAAAAUUAUUUGACUAAUACCUCCUACUAUAGUAAUGUUUUGUUUAAAUUAUUUUUUAUAAAUAAAUAUACAAUUGUUAUGAGAAAUAAAUAA